AUGAACGUUCAUAUUUUUUUGUUACUGCUUUUUUGUGGUACAUUUUUAUGCAAAAAAAAUAGUAAUAAUGGCAAUUUUCGAAUUAUACACCAAAAUGGGACAAGAGGGAACAGAAAAAGAAAUGUAAAAUGUGUAAGAGAAAAGAAGCAAUAUAAUUAUAUACAUCCCAAUGAAAUUAGUAAAAAUAAAAAUGACAUCCGUUAUCAUCACUACAAUUUUCUUAUAACUACAUCCACACACAAAAAAAAACUGCUAGCCAAAAAAGAAAAAUCUAAAAGGCAAUAUAACCUUAACAGUUCAGGCGAAGGUUUUUCAAACACAGUCCAUAAUAAUGUUAAAAAAAACACAAACGAUUAUUCAGAAGAACAAUUACCAACAUAUCAUAAAUACAUUGAAAAUUUCAAAACAAGAAAAAUUAUUCAUCCAAGUAUAAGAAUAACAGAUCAUGAUAAAAAAUUUAUGAAAUGUAAAGAAAGUUAUAAUAAAUUAUAUUCACAUUUAACAGAGACUGAAUUAUUUGAAAAUUUUUCAUAUGUUGGUAGACAAAGAAAAGGUAUAUUAUCUCCAAAAUAUUAUUUACCAAAAUAUAUCGAAAGGCCAAAUUAUCACAAAACAGGUACACCUAUUUAUGUAAAUUAUGAAAAUAAUUCAAAAUCGAAGGAAUAUAUAUCAAUGAGAAAUAGUAAUAAUGGAACGGGGAAUAAAUAUGAAUAUGAUAAUGUAAAAACGGAUCAUGAUAUUGAAAUAAUUUCAAGAAAUUGCAAAUUUGCUAGAGAAUUAAUGGAUGAUAUAUCAUAUAUAAUAUGUGAAGGUAUAACAACAAAUGAUAUAGAUAUAUAUAUAUUAAAUAAAUGUGUAAAUAAUGGAUUUUAUCCCUCUCCAUUAAAUUAUCAUUUAUUUCCUAAAAGUUCAUGUAUAUCAAUAAAUGAAAUAUUAUGUCAUGGUAUACCAGAUAAUAAUGCUUUAUAUGAAAAUGAUGUUGUAAAGGUGGAUAUAAGUGUAUAUAAAGAUGGGUACCAUGCGGAUAUGUGUGAAAGUUUUAUUGUUCAAAAGAUUUCAAAAGAAGAAAAAAAAAAACGGAAAAAAAAUUAUGACUAUAUAUAUUUAAAUGAUAAACUUAGAACUAAGCAUACAAAGUACAUUCUAAAAUAUAAUUUCGAUUUAACAACAAAUAAAAUAGUCAAAAAGGGGAAAUACCCAUCUGUUAGAAAAGUUAGAUAUAAUCCACCAAAUUCGAAAGAACAUGAAAAUGAAUACAUAGAAGAAUAUGAUGACAAUACUAACCCUGUUUUGGGGGAAAGUCCAUAUGCCCAUAACUAUUAUACAUAUAAUGAUGGUCCAAAUAAUGUUUCUGAAAAUUAUGAAGACGAACUUGAAAAUUUUCAUCGCAGAUAUGAUGAAGAUUUUAUUUUUAAUCCAAAAAAAGGAGAAGUAUACAAUAAUCUUCAACAGUAUAUAUAUCAAAAGGGAAUGGAAACGGAUAAAAAUAGAAAAGAAAUGAAUAGAAAAUUUGAAUUUUUUGAUACAAGUAAGCAAGGUAUAGCGAAUAUGAAAAGAUUUAUGUUUGAAAAAAAUAGAGAUUUAAUUAAAACUGCUUAUGAUUGUACUAUGGAAGCUAUAAGUAUAUGUAAGCCGGGUGUUCCUUUUAAAAAUAUAGCAAAAGUUAUGGAUGAUUAUUUGAAAAAAAAAAAUAAUUCAUAUCAAUAUUAUUCUAUUGUCCCCAAUUUAUGUGGGCAUAAUAUUGGGAAAAACUUUCAUGAGGAACCUUUUAUUAUACAUACAUUAAAUGACGAUGAUAGAAAAAUGUGUGAGAACUUAGUUUUUACAAUCGAACCAAUUAUAACGGAGCGUUCUUGUGAUUUUAUUACUUGGCCCGAUAACUGGACAUUAUCAAAUUCAAGGUAUUAUUAUUCUGCACAAUUUGAGCACACCAUACUUAUCACAAAAAAUGGGGCCAAAAUUCUUACACAAAAAACAGACACAUCUCCUAAGUAUAUAUGGGAGGAGGAUGGAAAUUAG